UCUUUUAAAAAUAUUUAAAUUUUCCCUAAUUUUUAAAAAUCGAAACGUUUGUAAUUUAUUAAUAAUUAAUUAUAGAAAGACUGAAUUGAAUUUAUUUCAUCAUUAGAUUCGGUUUUUAGUAAAUUUCUAAACAUAUGCAAAAGCAAGACAAAAACGUCCUGUGGCGAUUUAAUUUCUUAAUUAAAUAAAAAUAAAUAGAACGAAUUAUUUAUAAGAUAAAAUUACUGAAUCAUUAAAACACAAAUAAGUUUAAAAAAUUCAUCAAGCGGAAAUCAAGAACGGUAACGCCACUUGAAUUCACUUGAAAAGUUAGGAAAUAACGACAUAUCACAGAAGAAGUGAAGAUAAUUCUGUUUCUUAUAAGCCUACUAAUUACUAAUUAAAAAUGGUGUUGGCGGAUUUGGGCAGGAAGAUAACAUCGGCCCUAAGAGCAUUCAGCAGUGCUACUGUUAUAAAUGAAGAAGUUUUGAACUCCAUGCUUAAAGAGAUAUGUGCUGCCCUCUUAGCAUCUGAUGUAAAUGUUGUUCUUGUCAAGAAACUCAGAGAAAAUGUCAGAUCUGUUAUAGAUUUUGAUGAGAUGGCAGCUGGCUUGAAUAAAAGGAGGAUGAUACAGUCAGCUGUUUUUAAAGAACUUGUCAAAUUAAUAGAUCCAGGUGUAAAGGCCUGGCAGCCACAAAAGAAUCACGCCAACGUUGUCAUGUUUGUGGGCCUACAGGGUAGUGGAAAGACAACUACGUGUACCAAGAUGGCCUACUACUACCAGAAGAAGAACUGGAAGACGUGCCUGGUCUGCGCUGAUACUUUCCGAGCGGGGGCAUUCGAUCAGGUCAAGCAGAAUGCUACAAAAGCGAAAAUACCCUUCUAUGGAAGGUUGGGAAAUGACUUCAUGUCGAAGGGCAGUGAGCAGGAGUCCGUUGCCAAGUUGAAGAAACUCAUGAUCAUCAUGGACAGUAUGAAUGAUUAUGAACUGGACAGUGACGAGGGGGCCAAACUGUUUACCCGACAACCAGGUCGUGUUCAGAGGGUGGCCAUGGGAUCGGGAGUUUCCAACUCAGCGGUGCAAGAACUUCUCAAACAGUACACCAAAUUUGCACAGUUGGUCAAAAAGAUGGGGGGCAUAAAGGGCCUGUUCAAGGGGGGCGACAUGGCCAAGAACGUCAACCCCACUCAGAUGGCUAAGUUGAAUCAGCAGAUGAUCAAGAUGAUGGAUCCUAGAGUUCUCCAUUCCAUGGGUGGCGUUCCUGGGUUGCAGAACAUGAUGAAGAAGUUGCAGCAGGGGGCUGGUGCUAUCAGUGUUAAAAAUUUGAUGAAUAUUCAUAAGAAUCCAGAUAACAUUGUUUUCGUCAUGGAUGCGUCCAUUGGUCAGGCUUGUGAAGCUCAGGCACGUGCCUUCAAAGAUAAAGUCGAUGUUGCAUCGGUCAUCGUCACGAAGUUGGACAGCCAUGCAAAGGGCGGCGGGGCACUGAGCGCAGUGGCUGCCACGAAAUCUCCCAUCAUAUUCAUCGGAACAGGUGAACAUAUCGACGACUUUGAGGCUUUUAAAGUUCAACCAUUCGUCAGCAAGUUAUUAGGCAUGGGAGAUAUUGAGGGUCUUAUCGAUAAGGUCAGUGAACUGAAGUUGGAUGAUAAUGAAGAACUUAUGAAGAAACUGAAACAAGGGCAGUUCACGUUACGGGAUAUGUAUGAGCAGUUUCAAAACAUUAUGAAGAUGGGACCUUUUGGACAAAUCAUGCCACACAGUAGCAGGACGAUGACGAUGUAUGAUGAGAUCGGCCUUCUUGUCUGCUUACCUCGAAAUCUUAGUUAUGCACGUUUGAAAGGCACGCUACUAUCCUCUCACUAUCGAUUUUACAUGAUCUAA